GAGCAUGCGGCUUACGCGUUCGAAUCACUCUCGCGGUGCUUUGAUGUCAAACGCCGAUCAAUCCGAACACGCCUCCUGUCACGUGACGCAGAGGGUGCGCACGAAAAUUAUCGUCCGGAUAGAAAUCACACAGGAAAAUGUCCGAGAAGGACACCGAAACCUUUGAUGUGAUAGAACUGGCAGAGCAUGUCAAGAAACAACAGUGGUGGAACAAAAUGUUUGGCAAAAAUAACUCCGGACCCGCUGCUGAGAAGUACUCUGUUGCAAAACAGCUGGCCAUUGGAGGAGUGAGCGGAUGGUGUGCAGGGUACUUGUUUCAGAAGGUUGGGAAGCUGGCAGCAUCGGCUGUAGGAGGCGGCUUCUUCUUGCUCCAGAUUGCUCAUCACACGGGCUACAUUCAAAUAGACUGGAAAAGAGUCGAACAAGACGUGAACAAGGCAAAGAAGCAGCUGAAGCUGAGUUCAGACAAGCCUCCUAAAGAAGUGAGAACGAAAUUUAAUGAGGUGCAAGUAUUUGUCAAGAACAACAUUGUUCUCACCGGAGGUUUCGCUGGUGGAUUUCUGCUUGGUCUGGCUUCAUAGGACCUCUUAUCAUUACGUCUUAUACUCUGAGGAUGUCAUCAAACAUCAGAUUACAGCUUCUGCGUGAUAUUGCAGCUUGUAUUUAAAUUACAUCAACAUUAGAUUGGUAGAAAUGUGAUUAUAGGGAAACAUUUAAGAAUGUAUGCUUUAAUUUUUUUAAAUUAUUUUUUUUGAUUGUGCAUUGCUUUAGUUUGUACUUAAAGCCCCGGCUACAUUUUUGUUUAUUUGAACAUCUUGCUAUAUUAUUUUGGUACAAACUAUUUUUGACACAAUUCUAAGUCAGCUUGUUUAAUCAUGUAAAUAGUUAAAACACUUGAAAUUGUCCUUAAAAACACGGUGACUAAGCUAAGUGCAUUUCAUUGUUCAAACGUUUUGUAAUGAAUCUGGACAUGACUUCAAAGACCAAGGGGUCAAUAAAAGUUGUAAUUGUAAUUAAUAAUGACAGAAAUGUUUAAAGUAAAUAGACAAUCAGGUUUUAAACAAUUCUGGUUUGCCUUUUCGUCUUUUUUUGUUGUUUUGUUUUGAUAUUCAUUCAUCUAUUUUCCUAAAUUACAGCUAAUGAUCAAUAUAAUAUUCCACCUAUAAUACAGUGAGUAUUCCGAAUUCAUAUGAGAUGUCUAAUUCAUAACAAUAUUGUCACUGAACUGUAUUACUAGAUGGAAUAAAUAGUGAGAGCCAGAGACAGUUUGAUGAUUUACUGAAAGUUUGAUUGUAAGAAUGAAGACACAAGUGGAGGAUGACUGUGAUCAGUCCACACAAUUAUAUAGUCUUUGAAGAAUAUGUAUUCCAUAUGUCCAUGGAAGUCUCUUCUGAUCUCUUGAAGCAUAUAUACAUGCGUACUGUUUAGCUUUCUAUUAAAGGACUGUCUUUGUGUCUGUA